GAAGGAUAAAAAUAAGCUAGAGGCAAUAAUAUUCAGCUGCGAAGGCCUUUCACCCUCUUUUCCUUUUUUCUCUCAUCAUGUCGAGACGCCCCAGACCAAGUUGGUAUAGAGAAUCUCCCCCCAAGCACCAAACCCCUCUUCCCGAGAUGGAGGAUGACGAUGAUGAGGUAGUGGUGCUCCCUCAGGUUGAUAAUGAAGCUGUCCUUGCAAGACUCAACCUCAGUCUUGUUGGAAGAAUUUUUCACAAAGGAGGUAGAAGCCUUGAGGCUCUCAUCACUACUCUCCCCAAAGACUUUAUUUGGAAUGUGGAAGGUCGAGUUCGUGGAGUACCUCUUGGUGAUUCACGUUUCCAGUUCUACUUUGAAUCUGAAGCUGAUCUUCAAAAAGUCCACAGUAAACGCCCCUGCCACUUUAAUAGGUGGUCUUUUGCUCUGGAAAGAUGGGAACCCCAUGUUGGGUCUACCUUCCCCGACUCUAUGACGUUCUGGAUCCGCUUUGAUGGCAUCCCCUCCGAGUAUUGGACAGUCGAAACUCUCACCAACUUUGGAACCUCUCUUGGUACGGUCCUUGAAACAGAUACCAUUAACGGCCGUAUUCAAGUCUCUGUUAAGGCUGAUGCUCCUCUGAAGUUCCGUAAGAAGACCCAAAUCCCUUCUGGGGAGGUCGUCUCUGUAGCCCUCUUUGACGAGAAACUCAUUCGCUGGUGUAACUUCUGUCGCCGGAUCUGUCAUGAAGCUGGGUUUUGUCCCCACCUAAACAAGGAGCAGCGUAUCUUGUACCAGCGGCAAUACGAGACGGAGAAAGCUUUUCGUGCUCCGGCUCGUGAAGGAAACCCCUACUCUCGUGCGGUUCUUCCACCGCAAAGGGUCUCAGGCUCUCGACGAGGUCGUGAGCGUCAUCUCCGGGAUGGAAGCUCUGGCUCUCAUUCUCGGUCUUCCUUAUCUCCGGUCAAGGAAUCAAGAAAGGAGAAAUCUCGUUGGGACUCUCCUAACCGGCGCCAGAGCUCUCCGAGAUCGAGUCAUCCUUAUCCCGAUGGUACUUCUCUUCCAUACUCUGGUAAAGGGAAGGAGGUGGAAGAGGGGAAGAAAAGGAGAUUGGAGUCUCACUCUCUGAUUGUGAGGGACCCUCUUGGGCCUGGCUUGGACAAAGGUGAGCCGUCUCAUGCUCGUGAACCCGCUCUCUGCCACAAUUCGCUUCUGGUUGCUUCAGAGCCUUCGCAAAUUGCUGCUUCAGACUCCCAAGCAACAAUUUCGGAGUCAUACCUCCCCCGAGCCAAAGAGAAGCAAGGGUACUUGUCUCCUGCCUUUGCUCGUGAGAGGCCUUUCCGUUUGAAUCUUCAGAAGAAAUCGAUUCCGGAUGGGUCUUCCUCUCUUGGUGCCAAGAAUCGGAACUCACCCCCUCCUGAGCUUACUCCUGACACGGGUAGUUCAGUGAAGAAAUCCCUGCGGUUUACAACCCAGGAGACCCCUCAAGUUGAGCCUCUUACUCAUCUCUCUUUUGAGAAGCUUUCCCUGGCUGACAAAUCGGCAAAAUCCUCUCGCCGGAAAAGCUGGUAUGAGAUGACGCUGGAAGAGGAUGAUGAUCGUGCUCAAGCGGAAGGCCCAGAACCGGACAAGGAAGUUGGAUUGGAGCUGUCGCCUUCUGAUGAGGAGUUGGAGUUGAAUCUCAUGGACAGGAGGAUGAUGGAAAACGACGACCUCCUUGGCGAUGAUCUCCAUGCGGAAUUACAAAACCAAGAAGCUUUGACCGUGAUUAAGCCGACCUCCCCCGCCUCUGCCGUGGUCUCGCCGAAGUCGGUGGGGCGUAGCUCGUCUUUCGCUUCCAUCGAGCAUGUUUCGUUGGAAGAGUUCAAGUCAUGGUACCAUUCCGGUAGGGCCUUCUAA